AAUGCUGACAUAGUGCAAGAAUGAAAUAAAUAUAAAUAUAGAGUAUUUGAUUAUAUUUUCAUGUACUCCUUGCUGUGGUGAGCUAAAUGGUUUAUUUUUUUAAACAGGUCUGAAAUCUGUUUCUAAAGGCACAUUUUAAUGUUUGAAAGUGAAACUCUAAAAAUCUACCAUUUUAAAAGCAGUUCCAUUUUACAAACACAUGCUCGUCGUGUAUGGCUCUUAUUCUGAAAGCUCAAGAGCGGAAGUCGUCCGCUGCCUUCACCGCCGGUAGUCUGACAGCCGAGCCGAGCUUCCCUCCCCCGACUCGGGCAGACACGCACUCACACCGCCGGUGACUCGUCACUCCGCGCUGGAAGAUGGCUGCGGCGGACCGGCCCCCGGUCAGGGAAGGGAUCCGGAUAUUUUUCCUGUGCGUGUGCUGGUACACGGUCAGCUCGGGGGGCAACAUCGUCAACAAAAUAAUCCUCAAUGGAUUCCCGUACCCGGUCACGGUCUCUCUGUUUCACAUUAUUUCUAUCGUCGUCUUCCUCCCGCCGUUGUUGCGGGCAUGGGGAGUCCCCAAAACAGAACUGCCGAGCAGGUACUACCGGUGGUACAUCCUCCCUCUGGCUUUCGGAAAAUACUUUGCGUCCGUGUCGGCUCACUUCAGCAUAUGGAAAGUGCCCGUUUCGUACGCGCACACAGUCAAAGCCACAAUGCCAAUAUGGGUUGUGCUGCUAUCAAGAAUUAUCAUGAGGGAGAAGCAAACCACAAAGGUGUACGUGUCGCUCAUCCCCAUCAUCGGUGGAGUGCUGCUGGCCACAGUGACUGAGCUGUCCUUUGAUGUUUCAGGACUAAUCAGCGCUCUGGCUGCCACGCUCUGCUUCUCUCUGCAGAACAUCUUCUCCAAAAAGGUGUUGCGAGACACACGGAUCCACCACUUGAGGCUCCUCAACAUCCUGGGCUUUAAUGCUGUUAUCUUCAUGCUGCCCACUUGGGUUCUGGUGGAUCUCUCUGUGUUUCUUGUUAAUGGAGACCUGUCGGACAUCUCGGGAAGGUCUGGUACCUUUAUUCUCCUGCUCAUCAGCGGUUUCUGCAACUUCGCUCAGAACGUCAUCGCGUUCAGCGUGCUCAACCUCGUCAGCCCGCUCAGCUACGCCGUCGCCAACGCCACCAAGAGGAUCAUGGUCAUUAGCAUCUCACUGCUAAUGCUGCGCAACCCGGUCACGCUCACAAACGUGCUGGGUAUGAUGACGGCCAUAGUCGGUGUCUUCCUUUACAACAAGGUGAGUCACCGCGACCGCUGGCGUGGAGGAAGGGCAGAAGAAGAGUGCACAGCCAAGUAUGACGCUAACAAGGAGAAGAAGCUGCUGCCCAGCUCCAAGCAGGACCUGAUGACCUUUGACAACCCGGCGCUGGAGAAGCUCCAGCCCAACGGGUCAGUGCCUUUCUCCCACGGCUCAGAGCAGCAGCACAACUGGAACAACGUGCUGACCGACCACUUCCAGUACAGCCGGCAGACCUACACGACAAACUACAGCAGCACCAACCACCAGUAUGUGGUGUAAAGGAGGAGCCUGUCCUCACUCUGGGUCGCUGUCAUAGACAUUACUGUGUGUAGCCACCCCCACCUCCCAGCAGCCGGUCUUUACAGCCACGCACGAGACUGAAGGCAAGUGCUGUUUGUUCUGGAUAAGGAAGAAUGAGAUGAGUCGGUCAUGACGGGCCAGUGACGUGACCUCUCCCAUGCUCCUCCCUGUCUAAACUUCACUUUCUGACAGCUUCGCCGUUGUCGUUGUUUAUUUAUUGCUGUGGUACCGACUGUAUGAGAUGAUCUGACAGAAAACAAAACUUACAUCACCUGUUUUCAGACAACCAGACUGCCACAGCAGGGUGGACAGGUAAAACGUAGUUGACGAAUGAAUGAUUUGCACCUUACUGUCUGGAAAUGUCUGAGUUUUGUUUUCACAGUCAGCCAUUAUUUCUUUUUGGGUUAUCAGCUGUAAUUAUUUACUGUAUCAUGGACUGAGUCUGUGAUGUAACAUUUAAUUUCAAGUACAGGAAGGUUUUAACAUUUUUCUUCAUGAGGCACCUGUAAUAAUGUGAGGAGGUAUGAUGUGUUUAGGUUGUUAUCCUCUGUGAAUACGUCUUCCACCAUUCAAUUAUUUUCUCGUUGGCAGUGAAGGAUUUGAGGUCACCAAAAAGGAAGUUUGUGGUUUUGUAGGUUUGUUCUGAUGGUCUGAUAACUUGAUAAUUAAAAAGGCAUUUUUCAUGCAAAAUGUCAGUCUGUCCACCACCAGAAAUUCAUGUUCCCCAGAGGACGAGCCCCACUACCCUGAGGUCUCAACUGUAUUCAUUUUAGGUAAAAAUAUUGCAUCAACGUUGGGUUGGAUGGAUUGUCAUGAAAUCUGACGUUGGUGAUCCUCUGACUUUGCAUCCAGCGCCAUCAUUAGGUCAAAAUUUUAUUUGUUUGUCCAAUACUUGAUUUUAUAAAAUGAAUGACAUUCCCAUCAGCCUCAGCUUUACUUCACGUUUGGUGCUAAUUAGUGAAUUUUAGCAUUCUAGCAUGCUAUACUAACAUACAUCAGCAUGUUAGCAUCGUCAUUGUGAGCAUGUUGGCAUGGGAGCACAGUAGCAUAGCAUAGCGGUCUGAUUUCAGUGUACACGAAAUGCUUCAGUAGAUGUGAAUAUGACUGCGCUCUGUUUCCAGAGCUGUUCAGAAUUACAAGUGCCUGAUGAAGACAAAAUUCCCAAAUAAAUAAAAUAAAAAAAUCCAUUGAUUGUGUUUGGAAGAAACUGUCAAAGGCUUUCAUGAAAACUAAGAGUGAGAUUGGUUCUGUUGCCCAGAACAGUCAAUGACCUCCCACAGAUCUGUCCGUUUCCCCUCAGUAUACGUAGGUUCAUCAUGUGUUAUCAUAGAGCAUCAAUGUUAGCGUAAAAUUAGAUUUAUCAAAACAAAGCAUCCUUUCCUUUGUAAGGAUGCUCGUGUUUCAUCUCUUUUAGGGACUCUAAUCAUGUAAAAUGUAAUAGCAAUGUUAAAUUCAUUAUUUUACUGUCAGACUUUGGAGUAGAAGAAUAGUUUUAAAGUUAGCUUUUUUUUUUUGUAUUGAUUAUUAGUAUUUAUUGAUCUGUAAAGCUUCUCAGGCAGAGUGAGAUUUCCUCUCCUGUCAGGUGAUUUUCUUUUCUUUUUUCAGCCUGAACCAAAGCUGCUCUGUCAUGUUUAUGUUUUUUUUAAAUGUAGGCCCAGUUGGAGUUUGCACAUCAUGAAACAACUAAAUGUGUUACGCAGAUUGUGGCGGUCUGUCAAGCGACCUUACAGUCGUGAUGUUUAAUUUAAAGCAUUUUUGUAACGUUGCGGUCAGACGGUCAUUGGACAGACUUGAUCCAAAAUGAGACGUGCAUGAUAUCAGAGGUUUGGUUUGUGCAAUUAAAGAUUCAACUGUAAUGUCCGGUAGACAAGAGGUUAGAAUAUCAUCAUUGAUUACACUGUCUGCAAAAUUAACCUCCAAUAAUCCUUUUUUUAUUACCCAAACUAUUUAAUUUAGGAAACGUGUCUUGCUUCUUUCCUAACACCGUGUUUUAUCUCUGAUGUACACUGAGCGUUUCACUGCAGCAAUAUGAAGUUUUUAUGUCUGUUGUGUUUUUUUUUUUUUUUGUGACUCAAAUCUCUCAGCAUCUCAAAUCAAUGUUGUAUUUCUGCUCUUUUAUUUUGUAGGGACAACGCACACUAAUUGAAUUUUUGUAAAAGUGCCAGUUUUAGCCUGUGAUCUUGUUUUCAGGUUGUUGUUUUUUUUUUCAGCUAUAGUCUCUGGUAGACGUGGGUAAGAGGAUAGUGUGGUUAUUUUCUGAUGUCUUUUUUUUUUUUUUUUUUUUGUACAAUGUUUGCCUUCUUUGAUAAAUUUAAAACACUGUCACAGUAUUUAGUCCAGAGAAAAACCCCAAAAUAGCUCUGUGCGCACUGGGCUUUCCAGAGACAAACAAGUAUCAAUAAUUGUUUGUUUCCCCCUCUUUUUAAAUGUAUUGAUCAAACUGUCUCUUACUGCUGACAUUGUUUGUAGCUGAGAUAGUUCGUAGGGUCAUGGGAACCCAAAGCUGCUCUGUUUUUCCCCCAACAGGGUGAGAAAUCACCAUUUUGCUGGGUAGUAGCAUAAGAGGUCCUGUUUUUGUUUUUUAAAGUUAUGAAGUUAAGUAACUGUUUUACACUGAUCAGAAAACACCUGUUUGUUGUCUUGAAUUGAAUUUAAACAGACCUGGAGAAAUCUCUUCCUUUUUCAAAUGUCCUUUUCUUUUCUUUUUUUUUGUUAAGACUGCCGUUGUAGUUGCGAGGCUGUGCUUUGUGCUGUUUGACUAAGAUAAAUUAUGCAGAAAUUCUAACUUCACUUGGACACCACAAACAGCUGCCUCAAAAUGACAGAGGAGUUAAAGGAAAACCUUUUGUAGAUAGAUUAGAUUAGCGGUGAGAUCUCCAAUCAUUUAAUAUCGCGACGGUGUCGGCAUCUAUUUUAAACUUAUACAUUUCAUAAAGGUUAAAAUAAUCUACUAGAACAUUUUGUUUUCAGAGUCAGAAUAGCAUUAGCAACAUAUUAUAUAUGAUUAUUUAGUUACAUCACUGUGUAAUAAAGUGUUGCUUGUGAUGCUGAAACAGCAGAGACUUAACAUCCUUCUCUGCAGCUCUGUGGCUGUCAUAGCCGCACAUAUCUCACAUAGUAAAAUGUAACUGCUCUCCUCAACUCCUACAAGCAGCCAUUCAAAGCUUCUGUGAUAAAGCCACGUGUGCUACUUUCCUGACCGAGCAUUUAACAGCUAAGCACUAGAUAUUUAUCUAGUGUUUCUACCACUGUUGUAUAAAGAUACAGAUGUCUGGAAAUGCUGAUUUAUAAGUACCUGUCCACAUAUAUUGCUAAACACUAAGCACCUGAAAUUAGUCGAGGAGACACGCACGUGUCGUCAACUCUAAGAUCAUUCUUCAAACUGCAUUCUUUAGUUUUGUGUCGGUUUUUUUACAACUUGUUACGGCUGCAUUGGUUAUUUUAUUAGUUAAUCUGUCCAUUUUCUUGAUUAGUCUUAUGAGUCAGAAAAUGUUGAUCACUGUUUCCCAAAGCCAAGUUAGAUAUCCUCAAAUAUCUUGUCUUGUCCACAACCCAAGAUAUUCAGUUUACUGUUACAGAGGACUAAAGGAACCACAAAACAUUCAAAUCUGAGAAGCUGAAAGUUGAUUAAUAAUCAACUGUUGCAGCACUUCAACCGGUGGAUCCAUGAUAACCUAGAAAGCUGAUUGUCGCACUGUUGCCUCAUGUAAAGUUUCAUAAUGAACAUUUUAACAGACCAAGAGCCUUUUAUGGGUUAAAAAAAUAAAAAAUAAAUAAAAAAUGCACACAUAUCAGACUGGAGCAAUAAAUUCAGGUGAAAUGUGACAUAUCGUUCACCCUGAGAUGAUUAGCUAAGAAGAAAUGUGAUUACAUGUUUAAACAGUAGUGUGACAGACAGUGUGGCAUCCAACAUCCAACCCAAAUUUACGUUACACAAUCCUUUCAUUUUUUAGGAAUGUAAUAUUCGCAUGCAGUCUGUAUGCCAGAGUUUGUGCUCAUUUCCCCAAAUUUCGCAAUUAUAGCCAGAGGUGUCUACACAAACAAUCAACAACGUGCGGUUGCAUUUUUGCCAGAUUUCAACAGUGUAUUUCCGUAAGUUACAUUUGAACCUUUUUGUGGUUAUUCGCUGUCGACUGCUGCAGAUUGUUUAUGUUUGUCUUCUGUACGUCCCUCCUCAUGUUGCCAAAAGCAGACUAUAUCACAUGUUUUGAUGCUGUUGCACCACAGGAUGAAGGCUUGUUUGCAGACAAUAUGUAGAAAUUCAUAAAUUACAACAUGAUGCAGUUUUUGAAUUGUAAUGAUUUUGUGUCCUGCUGGCUUUUUUGUUUCUGUACAGUGAGCGAACUGGGAGAACUGUUGAUUUAGAUGUUGGCUCUCUCUCCUGUAAAGCUUUUAACUGGGAUGUAAAUAAAUGGAGGAAAGGGGGAGGUUACUUUGUAAAACUUGUAUAAUUAUUAUUUUUGUGCGUCUUUAAUGGAUCUUGAGACAGAAUUUUUACUUAACGGAUGUUUAUAGAUUUUUAUUUAUGGUGUCGAGGUACAGAAAUGUUGUACAGAGGUGCAGCUAUGCACAGUCUCGUCUGCUUAUGUUUAGUAAAUGCUAUUUUUAAAUGUUGGGGAAAAAAUAAAUGCAUUAUGGAAUACUGAA